AUGGUGGACCUGUUCACAGGAGUAACCUUGAUACAGAACAACAGGGACAGAGAUGAACUCGACACCCAGCAGCAGCUGGACAACGCGCUGCGCAACAAGGUGGUGCUGCUGUACUUUGGUUCGAGCGACUGCCCCAGAUGCCAGGAGUUCGCCCCUGCACUGCAGGACUUCUCCAACCGGCUGAUGGAUGAAUAUUACAUCCUUCGAGCGGCUCAGCUGGCGCUAGUGUACAUUUCCCAGGAUCCAAGCGAGGAGAAGCAGCAGCGCUACCUCAAGACGCUGCACAGGAAGUGGCUCUUCGUACCUUUCCAGGACGAGUUCAAAAGAGACUUACAAAGAAUGUACGAUGUCAGGGAAAUCCCAUGCCUCAUUGUCCUUAAACCCAAUGGAGAUCUCAUUACCAGGAAUGGAGUGGCAGAGAUCUCCACGACGGGGGUGAAUUGCUUCAAGAACUGGUGGGAAGCAUCUGACAUCAUUGACAGGAAUUUCCUCCUGGCGGAAGAUUUUGAGGCGUGGUCGUGGAAGAGUCUGACAGACCCCUUAAGGCAGCUCAAGUACAGAAUUAAAAAGAUGGGCACAGAGAUGGGUGGUGAAACAGAGUGACUGACAUUGAACUCAU